AUGGGAGGGAGUGUGCUGCAGGGGCUGCAGGCCUGGCAUGCUGUCAGCUCCAUGAAGUACCUGACCAGCCUUUGAGGUGCUCUGUGCUCCUGCUGCAGUCACAGCAGAAAACCUGGUGAUCCUGAUGGUUUGGAGGGUGUCUAAGCCUUCCUAUGUUCAUGCUGUUGGGGCUGUGUUGGGGACAGGCUCACCUACCCUGGAGUGCAUCACAUGCCAUAGGGGAAUGUCUUCUCUCUUGGGAGGCAAGUGGCAAGUAGAAGAAAUCUCUUUUCCCUUCCCACCACUCCUCUGUGUGUUUCAGUUUUUCACUGAGCAUCUAGAGCUGCAGACUUGCAGGUCAUAUUUAAGUUGUUGGAGAGUCCAUGGAGUUGGUGUCAGUAAAGGCUUUACUUCCCAGCAGGCUUUACAUGUUUUAGUAUGUUCUCCAGUUGACGUCAGGUGGUUGCUCCUCAGCAUAGGUCUUCUGAGUUCACAGUUUGUUCUCUGUAGGAUGCUCUGUGUUUUCCAUUGAGUAAGUGCUCCUCCAGCAUUUCCCUCAGAUCACAUAGCCAGUUACACUUUACUGUCAAAUUGGGCUGCACAUCCAGGAGGCUUAGGUGCUUCUGGUGUGUAGUCCCACCAGAAAUAAGUGCUUUGUAGCAAUCCUACAGUACUUAGAGGAGUCGAGUGGAGCAGUCAUGGAUCAUUGCCCUUUUGCUCGGGGGUGAUACCAAAUGAUGAGACUGAGUGCUGUCAUGCAGGAUUGGCAGGUAGAGGGAAAGCACCUGUCUCUUUCCUCGGAGGCAGCUGCUCUCUGGCCCAGGUGCAUCAAUAGUAUGCCUGUGGUCUGUGUACUAUUCAUUCUGGAUGUGCUGGAGUGGAGCUGUGAGAUCUCUGUCCUCUUGGAGAACUCUAUACUUGUCUGUACAAGUCCCUGAGCAGAUUGAUCUCUGACUGAAGGUGUGUGUGUGUUUUAAGGAGAUAGAGACUACCAGAGGUCCCAGUCUAGAUUAUCCUAAAAUUCUUAACCCAAAGACUGAAUGGGAGACAGAGGGUACCACAGACAUCCCUGGGAUGGGGUCUGUACCAGGCUGACCACCCGAGAUCUGUUUCUUGUUCCUGAUCCCACCUAGUAGUAUGGUUUGUGUCUCUGAUCACUUGGUGGUUCUCUGACAGGCUGUUGUAAGGCUGUCACGCUGUUGCUCCUUUUUCCCUCUGACCCCAGUGUUUCUUGGAGGAAUAGGUGUUGGCAUACAGUUGAUGUGUCCAAAGCAGUUUUGGUAUAGGGCUCUGUCUUCCAGAGGGUACUGCUCCUCUCUGGACACAUGCUGUCAUAGAGCUGGAGCACUGGGAUCAGCCUCUCUGGUUCAUCUCCCAGGAGGGAUGCUAGGCAGCUCACUGCAGUUCAGGGUCCUGCGCUUUUCCCUUUCAGAGAGUCUCAGUAGUUCCCUUGUGCUUUGCAAGACCAGGCUUCUGCUCUGGGUGCUGCUCACUCCAGCCCAUCUCUGGGAGGAGGGGAAGCUUCCUGGUGCCUGGACUUACACUGCUACUUACAGUACCUGGUCUGGUGUGCAGCCUUGUUAGUAGAUGGAGCUUUGAUCUCUUUGAUUGUUUUAAAGACUGGGGAAUCCUGUUUGCCUUUUUUUUUCUUCUUGUACUGUGUUUUUCAGAAUAUGAUGUUGCAGGAACUCACAUUAAACUUUUCUGGAAUAGAUUUGUGUAUUCUGCAUCAGGAGAUUGAUUUACUUGCUGUGUUAGUGGUGCUGUUCUCCCUGCCAUACGUUUAAUGUAGCAGGAGCUGACAGGGUGCUUUCCUUUUGCUCUGGGAGAGCUGGGUGCUUGGACACCCUUGCUGCUAUUGUUUGUAGCUGAGAUAUUUUCCCAGAGCUUGGGCUUGGGAACAAGCUGGUUUGAAACCUCUUAGGAAGGUGCCAGAAUGGUGCAGUUUCAUUAGAGCAUGAGCUGCAUCUGUAGUUUGAGAAAGGUUUGCACUCUCAAAUGGUAGCAGUGUGCUUCUAGUGCUUGCUGCCUGCAGGACAGGCAGCCCAACCUCAUGGAUUGGUCAGAGGAAUCCUGCAGUCCUCGUUUAAGUAACAGUUUGGGAAUGAGUAACAGUACUGAAUUCUGAUCUUGGACAGGAGCUGAGGUGAUACGGUAUUGGCUACGAUACUAUUUUUCUGAUGUCAGCACAAGAGGGAGAAGCUUUGCUUACAUCACAAAGGUUGUAAUGUCCAAUCAAAAGCACGUAGUUUUGGACCAGAUCUCACAAAUAAUCCUAGUUUCUAGUAAAUAACCUUUGGGCUCUGUGGGUACUGGUGCUGAUACAGCCUUGAUAUUUGGAAACAUCUUAAAAACCAUAUGUAUCUUCAUCCCUUCUGCAUUGAGAUGAUUGAACCUGAUAAUUCAGUGAUCGGAGGUGAUCUCAAGAGGGGAAUGUGUUAGGACACAGCUGAGUUGUCAAUGAGCUGGAAAACUCACAGGGGUAUGAAAGGUUUCAGAUUCACUGACAUCUUUUCCAGUUUGCUAGACCAGGAGGAUGGAGGUGGGAGGGGACCCCAGGGAACUGGAGGAAGAGAAGAGACACUUGAGUGAGAGCAGGUUUUGUUGCAGGUUGCUCGUGGAAGGCUGGUGGAGGGGUGCAUCAGGAGAGUGCCCUCAGACCCUACGCUGAUGCCCUGUGCUUGCUGCAGGACUUGGGGGCUCAGCCAGGCAGCAGCUGGGAGCAGUUCAUUGCUCCCCACUUCUCUAGCAGUCAGCAAGCCUCUUCCUCAGAUCCCUGGCACCCCAAGCCUUUUGGGAGCAGGGCGAAUAUUUUGUGUAGUAGCAAUAGAAUUGCACUGAUGACAUGAUUAUAGAUGUGAUGAAACAGACAUUCAAAUUCACCACCAGGAAUGUAAUAAACUACAGUUUAAACUUACUAGAAACUGGCAUGUUUCUGGACAGGGUUUGGAAAAUGUUCUCCCCUUGGUGUUACCUUCAGUAUCUGCAAAGACCUUGGUGUGAGCUAAGGAAGUGCUUUUUCCCAGGCUCCAAAACUGCAGGCCAUUUUUGUUGCAGUCUGGUCAGGGAAAGAAAGAGCUCAUGGAAAGUGCCAGAGCCAGGUCUGCCUUCCUCCUGCUGAACCAGACUGAGUUUGCAUUUCAGAGAAAUGCUUCAAGUGUGAGAGAAGCAGAAACUCCAACAGCAUCUGCCUUAAUCAGCUGGGGUUUCUGCUCUGGAGGGCUGAGCAUCUGGAGGAGAUGUGACAUUCAGGGUGGCGCUGCCACCUUCCCCUCUCUGGCCUUUCAGACAGACUGCCAUUUAUCUUCUGGGUUUCUGCAUAAAAAAAACUUAGUGCAUUUCCACAAGAAAUCUGAGCUGUGAAAUGCCACUUUUGCUGUGGAGCUCAGUAGUCUGCAGGGCAGACUGUAGGCACAGGACAGCUGCUUAACAGCUCUGUAACUCAGCCAAAUAAUGAAAACCUGUGAGGCUCAAGAAAGUGCAGAGUAGUCUGCUGUUAGGAGCGUUAGCACUGGCAGUAAGGAGAAACAAAGAGCAAGGUUUCUCUGGAGUCCGUCAGUAGGGUCUGCAGCAUGCAUAAAUUUCGUCUUGUGGAUCUUCAGUCUCUGUUGCCACUUUUCAGUAGUUAUUAGACACCAGACAUUUUAAAUGUAAAUAAGAAAAUUUUACUGUAAGAGUAUAGCUGUGGCACCACUUACAACACAUCAUAUUAGAAAGCUUCUAACAAAUUUAAAGAAAAUGUGAUUUUGACUAGAAGUAAAAGUUUAAGGAAACAAUAAGAAACAGUCAGCCAUAGAGGUGAGCACAGUGUUCUGCUUCGUUCUUGGUGUUCAGGAGAGAUGCUAAAAGAUUUGUAUAGAAUAAACUAAUGCUUGUAGCUAAACAUUAAAUAAGGCCUAGUUCUUACAUUUAGCAGGCUUUAGCAAAAAUGUGACUGUAUUAGUUUGAAAUAUUAGGGUAAUAAGUUAUUAUAGCAGGUAAUUCCAGAGAAGGGACAGAAUGAGAAAAAUCAUCUCCAAAAGCAGUAAGGUACAACAGGAUCCACUCUCCCAUGCAAUUCUGCAAAAAGUUACGUGGCUAAACCUCGGACUUCCUCUCAGCUGAGCCAAAGGCAAAACGGCUGCUCUCUUGUGAUCUCCCCACAUAAGAGGGUGUUACUCAUUCAGUGAGAGUGUGGAGGGUUAGGAGAGUGCACUUAUUACCUGUUGCUUUUCUGUUCUUGUUCUCUCUCAAAGGUGUUCAGAGUUCAACAACAGAAAGGUAUCUCUUAACUAGCUGUAGCCUGCAAGAUGCAGCUGGCAGGGAAGCAUAAUCCUCCCUCAGUUACUCUUACUUUGUUGUCUCACAACAAUUGUUUAAGCAGAAUUUAUUUAAAGGAAAAAAGAAAGUAGCAACUAAGUAAAUGCACAGAAGGGACUAAUUCAAGCAACCCUCUGGAUAAAAGCAGGGUAGGGCACAAUGUGUCAGGGGAGUGUUUUAAUCUGUCAGAAAUGUGAUGAUUAAACGAGCAAUUACUGCUUUGAAUACGUACCAGCACUGGGCCCCUCCUACACUCACAUAGGCGUAUUUCUACAUUUCUUAUGCAAUCUGACUGGGUGACAGACCUGCACACACACUGUUCCUAAUUACUGUCAAGCAGAGAGCUGCUUUUGUGUCUCUGAAUCUCUCCUGGAAGUGAUUUUUCCAGCGUACAUUCACCAUUUCACCAUUCACCUAACUCAAGAGGACAGUUCCCAACAAAGGGCAAAAUAAACACAUGUAAUGCAUGAUAAAGCAAUUAAUUAAUUAGAUAAUAUUCUCCCAGCAAAAGCAGAUGGGAUGGUAUUAGCUGCUUUGAGUGUUGAACAUAAAGUAAUUAAAUACGUCAGGGUAGGUGAGACAAGGCACUUGAAUGGGCACUUAAGGAAAACCAGUGAAACUCCCUGCUUUAAAAAACCCCAAGCAAUCAAAAAAAAAAAGUACCCAACUGUCAAAGGAGAAGUUCAAUGCACACCUCCUACAGGAAGUACAAAUUACUUUCUCUGGGUCCCAGUCUCUCCAGAAGCAUUGGUACGUGGAGAUCAGAGGGAGCGUGCACAACCUGCUCUUGCACACUGCACCAGGGUGAAGCCGUUAGCUUAAUUUGGCAAAUGCCUCAAUGUGACUACAUACAAGAGAACUUUUGUACCUGGCAAAGGUUCAGGUGGAAAUCUAAGGGUGCAUGGUAAGGCCUGAGAGACCCCUGGUCAUAGUGAAAGCAAAAGCUAGGCUGGGGAGGUUUGCUUAGGAAACACUAGUAUUUUCUUUGCCUCAGCUGAUGCAGUUAUUGAGAUUCCUGUCUGGUGCUAAAGCAGAGCAGGUUGGGGAAAUGAGGGCUGGCCCAAGCGGAGUGGACCUGGGAGUAAAUGGUAAACUGAGGAGCAGUAAACGGCCCCUCGUAACCUGGGUGGCUCCUGGCAGUCAGUGCAGGCUGCUCCACUUUGUUCUUACCCCAGCCACCUGCAAACACAGCAGGAGAUCAUGCUGGACCUGACCUCUGCUGGCAGUGUCCAGUUCCUGAUGAGUGUGGUAUGAAACCCACCCAUCUCCUUGCUUCCUGCAUAGGCCAUUGCCUAUGGGGACACUCUGGGCAGGAGGGCAGCAUGCCCUGGCCUCCAAACUGCCAUCAUGGAAUCCCCAUGGGCCCAGGCCUCCUGCCUCAAAAGGGGCACAGUGCAGCUGUAGGCAGGGCUGGGGGUCCCAGCUAGUCUGGGCUGCUGAGUCAGUCCAGGAGGCCACCCAGCUCCUCUGCCGCACACCAUAGAGGGAUCAGCCCUCGGCUGCUUCAGCAGAGCUUGGGGACACGGAAAGCGCUCAGCUCCUCCCACCGCUCCUGGAGCGUGGCUGCCACCGGGCAGGGGAUGAUGUGGAGCAGCCGCCGCUCUCCUUGUGAGUCAGGACGGCCGCGUGAGGCCCCGGCGCUGGCCCCGACGCCUUCCUGCCCGCCUGCUAUCGAGUGCCUGCCCCGGGAUCCUGAGCCACCACAUGGCCCUGCAGAGCUUUCCAAGGACUACAGAGAGGAGCACACAGAGCAUAAGGAGAAAUACAAACCAGGCACAGCAAUGGAGAACUUGAAUGCCCUACUCCCAGACCUUACUGAAGAGCAGCAAGACAUUUUCCAGAGGGCUUUUACUGCUGAUGCCAGUUACUUGCAGAAUCAUGAGGAAACAAAUAAGUCCUUCUGGGAAUCACUUGUAAAAUGUUUAGCCGCUAUCGAUCCACCUGUCCUGAGUACUGAAGACAAGAAUCUCGUCAACAACUGCAGUGUCCCGCCUGCAGGCUGUGCAGCCUGCCUGAAAGCCAUAGAGGAGGAAGGAGUGAGGGCCAUGACUGUUCUCUACCUCUUGCUGAAGACAAGAAACCCAUCUGGAUACAGGGAGCUGCCCAGCUCCAAGGGAAAGGAUGAAAAACUGAAACUCCUGAAGAGAUUAGAAAGGAAUCUUGUGCAUUCACAAGGUGAUAAAAAGGCUGAAAACUCGUCCCAGGAGUCCACAGAUGAAGAUACACAAGACAGUGAUGGAGAAGAUUUAGGAAGACAGAAGACUGAAGGCCAAUUACUUGGAGGUGUACCAGCAGAGGUCGUUCCCUACACGGAUUCAGCGAUUACCAGAAGAGAAGAUUCAAUUGCAGAUGCAUAUGACGAGAACACUCACCUCCAUCAGUGGACAGUUCGAUGGAUGGGCAUACGUAAGGAUGACGAAUUCUUUCAUUUUGUAAUUCUUUGCUUUGCAAUUGGAGCUUUACUAAUUUGCUACUACUACUACAAAGAUUGGACUAUUUCGGUUGGAACUGGUUUGGUCACCUUUGCUUCCUUGGAAACCACCGGGAUCUACUUUGGUCUAGUGUACCGAAUUCGGAGCGUACUUAACAGCUUUGUUCCUCUGAUUGACAAAUUCAGGCUACCAGGUAACGGUGACCUGUUACUGACUGCAUGCAUAGUCCUUGGAUCUUUCUGGGUGCUUCAUUUUAGUAAAGUCUUAAGAUGAACUUCUCCAAAUUAUGAUUUCCCAUCUUCCUAAUUAAAAAUAAAGAAAAAAAAAAGUAAAAAUAUUUCACUCUAGUUCAUUAUAGCUGCCUGGGGUUGAAAAUGAAUCAUUCUUGACUCUCCUUGUGGCAGAGCAUUUUCACAUUUCUAAUACUCUGCCUGGUGUGGGAUACUGUUUCCUGACAAUGUCUGAAUAAGAAUUCUAUAUCUCAAUUAAAAACAGAGGGAGUGGGAGUAGGUUUCUCAUGCUGGGUCUUCAGACAGACUCCAGGCUCGUAUUUGUCUGUGUUCAUGAACGCAGAACAUGAAGAAUGCUGAACAGCUGUAUAGAUAUGUGACAAUUUGCAAACAAUAGUCCUGACAUUCAUCUUUUCCUUCAUCAUGCAGGUAUGAGGAAGGCUGACUAGGAGGAGCAUUUCAGGAGAGUUCCACAGAACCCUGCUGUCCGAAUUUCUAGUAUUAAAGAGCUGCUUUAUGAGGUGAACACACAAACCUAAUGGCUAAUGUGAAAUAACGAAAUGUUAAACCAUAGAAAGACAUCAUUCCUUCCCCACAAAAAUAAAGCUGAAACCUCAGUACAGGGUCCUACUCUUUCUGAAGUGAGUCAUGGCUCAGCAGAGCUCAUAGACAAUCUGGACGUAGGGUUCUAUUAAUUGCAUUAAAUAUAAACACACUCUCCUUCCCUCCCCAGUACAACCAUGUUAGCCUGCCUAUGGUUUAUCAAAAUCAACACAAUGACCACUAUUAUCCUUCACUGUUUCUGGAUGUUUCAGUAGGAAUCUUGGCACCCACAAAGCUGCCUCCUCUUCACCCUGUGAUGCCACAAUCCAGGCACACAUCAGCCUCUUGCUUACACAGCUGAGCCCUAACAGUGCAACAGCACUGAAGCAGAUUAAUUUAUUGUGGCAGAACUCAAUACAGUGGGCGUAUAAUGAUUUCACCCCAUGAAAGCUGGGUGAGAUGUAACAUGCAGUGACAAUAAUGAUGCAGGAAUGAGAUUAUUAAGAGCAGCAAAUUUCAUCUCACUUUCUGAGGGGAAAAAUAAAGUGCUUAAUUUAACUCA